AUGGAAGACCACUGCAAUGUCCUGAAAUAUGUAAUCAUACGCGUCAUGAGAUCUAAUUCCCCGGUCCGAUUUCGUCAUAGAGGUCGAUGUGUCGGCAGAAAUGUCAGUGGUAUUGAUGAACGAUCUCUAAUUAGCCUCGUUAAACAUCAAAAGAUUGGUCGGCAUAAAACUAAUGAUAGACAACGCAAACCACAACACCAGUGGCAACAAAUUAAGAGAGCUCGAGAACUCAUGCGACGACUCUUUGGGUUUAACUUCAUCGAUGUGGAAGCGUUGAGGACUUUUAGUAGUGUUCGGAAAAACGUUGAUGUCAAAGAAUAUCGAAUGGAAAUGCCACCCAGUGAAAGUUCUUUGUCCUCGUCGCCGGAGUACACAACAGAACAUCAUGGAACAACAACCGACAAUGCACGGGGAGAAAGGCCGCAAUCGACAUUUACUAUUCCCAGCAGUAAUGAUAUUGGCCAGACUACAAUAAUAGAGGCUUCUAAGGCACAACCAACUGUACCAGACUGUAAUCAUUCGAAGAGUGGUAUGGUGGGAAAUGCUGCAAACAUGCCAACUAUGCAAGAUUAUAGUACUGGACAGAGUAGCACGACAGUAAGUUCUACAAGACAGCCAACCACACCAAAUUAUGAUACCCAAGAGAGUACCCCAACAGAAAGUUCUACAACAGAGCCAACUACACCAGACUGUAAAACUGAAGAGAGUACCACAACAGGAAGCUUUGCAACACAACCGACUACAUCAAAUUAUGACACUCCGCAGGGCACCACAACAGAAAGUUCUGCCACAAAGACGUUUAGUGAGGCUAGUACUCCAGAGAGUACCAUAACAGUCAGUUCUACAACAUAUCCAGCCACAUCAAAUUGUGAUAUUCCAAAGAGUACCACAACAGACAAUUCUGCUACAAAUUCAGCUACACCAAAUUGUGACACUCCAGAGAGUUCUACAACAGAGCUAUCCACAGAUAGUUAUACUCCACACAGUACCAUACCAGAAAUUUCUACUACACAUCCGUCAACAGUUUGUGAUACAUUAGAGAGUACCCCAACGGAAAAUUCUACAACAGAACCAAUUACAGCUAGUUAUAAUACUCCAGAGAGUACCGCAACAGAAUCUUAUACAGCACAAAGAACUGCACAAAAUUCUGAUACUCCACAGAGUAUCACAACAGAGAUUUCUACAACACGGUCUAUUACACUAAAUCGUGAUAGUCGAGAAAGCACCAGAACCGAAAUUCCAACAAGUCAACCAACUACACCAAAUUGUGAUAUUCCAGAGCGGACAAGAAAAGGAACUUCUGCCAUACAGCCAUCUACUGAGUGCAAUAUUCCAGAGAGUACCACCUCAGAAAGCCCUACUAAACAUCCAGUAAUACCAAAUUGUGAUACCACAGAGAGUUCUACAAAAGAGCCAUCAACAAAUUGUAAUAAUCCAAAAAGAACAACAACAGAAAUUUCUACAACACAACCAUCAACGGAUUCUAAUACUCCCGGGAGUAUCACAACAGAUUUUUUUACGACACAACCAUCAACGGAUUCUACUAAUCCAUACAGUACCGCAACAGAAUUUUUUACGACACAACAAUCAGGUUAUAAUACUCCAGAGAGAGCCACAAUACAAAUUCCUACAACACAACCAUUGACAGACUCUAAUACACCACACGGUACCACAACAGAAAUUGCUACAGCACAACCAUCAACAGAUUCUAAUAUCCCAAAUAGUACCACAACAUCUUCAGCUUGCAACAGUCCAGAGAGAACCACAACUAUAAUUUCUAUAACACAACAAUCAUCAGGUUAUAAUACUCCAGAGAGUACUACAACAGAAAUUUCUACAAUACAACCAUCAAUAGAUUCUAAUACUCCAGGCAGUAUCACAACAAAAAUUUCAACACCACAUCCACCAUCAGGCUAUAAUACUCCAGAGAGAACCACAACAGAAUUUUCUACAACACAACCAUCAACAGAAUCUAGUACUCCAUACAUUACAACAACAGUAGAAAUUCCUACAACACAACAUUUGACAGACUCUAAUACACCACACAGUACCACAACAGAAAUUGCUACAGCACAACCAUCAGCAGAUUCUAAUACACCAAAUAGUACCACAACAGAGAUUUUUGCAACACAACCAUCUUCAGCUAGCUACAGUCCAGAGAGAACCACAACUGUAAUUUCUAUAACACAACAAUCAUCAGGUUAUAAUACUCCAGAGAGUACUACAACAGAAAUUUCUACAAUACAACCAUCAAUAGAUUCUAAUACUCCAGGCAGUAUCACAACAAAAAUUUCAACAACACAUCCACCAUCAGGUUGUAAUACUCCAGAGAGGACCACAACAGAAUUUUCUACAACACAACCAUCAACAGAAUCUAGUACUCCAUACAUUACAACAACAGUAAUUUCUACAACACUCCCAUCAUCAGUUUGUAAUACUCCAGACAGUACAACAACAGAAAGUUCUGCUGCACAACUAUCAACAGUUUGCAAUACUCCAGGUUGUACCGCAACAGAAGUACAUACAACACAACCAUCAUCUGGGAGUAAUAUUCUAGAGAUUGCCACAACAGUAUUUCCAACAACACAACUGUCAACAGAUUCUAUUCCAGACAGUACCACAGCAGAAAUUUCCACAACGCAACCAUCAACAGAUUCUAAUACUCCAGAGAUAAUCACAGCAGAAAUUUCUACAACACAAUCAUCAGCAGAUUGUAAUACUGCCGAGAGUACCGCGAAAGAAAUUUCCACAACGCAACCACCAACAGAUUGUAAUGGUUCAGUGAGUACCCCAACAGGAGUUUCUACAACACAUACAUCUACACCAAACUGGGAUACUCCAGAAUGUACCACCAUAGCAAGUUCUCCCACACAACUAACUACUCCGGAGAAUACCGCAACAGAAAUUCUUGCAACCCAACCAACAGCAUCAGACCCUAAUACCCCGGAGUGUACUGCAGCAGGUGCUUCUCUGACAGAGCCUUUUACACCAAAUUCCGAUAUCCCUGGUGGUGCCACAGCAGAAAGUGUUACAACACUAUCAUCAACGGAUUGUAAUAAUCCAGUGAGUUCCGCAAGAGAUCUUUCUGCAACGCAACCAAAUGUCUCAGAUUUCAAUACCCAAAGGAGUGCCACAACAGAAGUUACUACAACACAGCAAGAUACACCUAAUUGCGAUACUCCAGAGAGUACCACAACAGAACUUUCUGCCACACAGACCUCUACUGAGUGUAAUACUCCAGAGAGCAUCACAUCAGAGAGUUCUACAACACAGCCAACUACGCCAAAUUGUGAUAUUCCAAAGAGUACUUCAGCAACAAAUUCUGUCCCGCAUCCAUCUACAGAUUAUAAUACUCCAGAGAGUACCACAACUGAAAGUUCAAUGCACUCAAAUACUCCAGAUUGUGGUACACCACUGGGUAUCCCAGCAGAAAGUUCUACAACACAGCCCACUAAAUCUGAAUUUAAUACUCCUGAGAGGACCAUAAUAAAAUCUAAUCCUGCAACUUUUCUUACCUCAGAGAGUAUUAUGAUACCAGCCGUUUCACCACAGCCAACUACUCCUGAAUAUGAUACGGCAGAGAAUACUCCAUUACACAAAACUACGCUGCAAAAAAUUACUUUGGAGUAUGAUACCCCUCAGAGUGCUGAUGUUGCGUGUAAUAUUUCGAUGAACCCAAGUUCACCGGAAGUUGAUACUUCAGACAUUAAUACAGCUAUAACCACCAAAAGUACUACAUUACAGCAAUCUACUAAAGAGGAUUACAGUAUGGGCCAAAAUAAAGCAGUGUUGAGCAUUACACCAGGACCAACUCCAUUAGACUUUAACACAUCAGAUAGCUUUUCUAUGCAAUCAAACACAACUGAGAGUAUUACAUCCAAAGCUAGUGUAACUCUGAGUAUAGCAGAGAACGGUACUACAGCAAUACCGAAUGCAAUUGAAGGUAAUCUGAAUGAUAUCAAUAUUAGUCGAAGUACAACAGUGGAAAGAUCUACUUUGCAGCCAGAGAUACCUCUGUGUGAUAUUUCAAAGGUUAGUACUAGAAACAGUAAGACAUCAGUGGAGAGUUCUACAUCACAACUGGGUACACCUGAAUGUAACACAUCCCGUAUUUCCAAUUUACAGCCAGCUACUUUAGAAUGUAAUACAGCAUUGAAUACGCUACCGGGGAGUAUGGCAGAAGAAAAUGAUAGAACCACGAGGACGGUACCACGUCAAUCAACAAUAGAAUACAAUACUACAAUGAGUACCCUUACGCAACCAAAAUCUCCUGAUUGUAUUUCAUUCAAGAUUACACUGCCACAACAAACCAGCGAGGAAAGGAGCAGUGUACGACAGCUAAGUACAUCUGAGGGUAAUACUACAUUGAGUACUCUACCCAAACAAACGAGUCCAGAAAUUAAUAUAGCUAUAACCACCCAAAACGAGCCGGUUACAUCAGAACGAGGUACUCUGGAGAGUACCAUACCACAGCCUACUAUUUUAGAAAUCAAUUCUUCAAAGAGUACAACAUUAGAGACAACUGUAGUAGAAUAUAUUACAUCAAGGAGUACUGUAUUACCACAAACUACACAGGAGUAUAAUACAUCAAAGAGUACAACAUCACUGCCAAAAACACCAAUAUGUAAUACAUCUGAGAGAACAACAUCACUGCCAAAAACACCAAUAUGUAAUACAUCUGAGAGUACAACAUCACUGCCAAAAACACCAAUAUGUAAUACAUCUGAGAGUACAACAUCACGGCCAACAAUGGCACAAAAUAAAAUGAUAAACAGUACCGAAACACAGCCAACUGUAACAGAAUGUAAUACAUCAGAGAGUACGGUACCAGAGGCCACUGCUCCUGGAUGUAAUACGCUAAACGUUACAACAUUCAAGACUACGAGUCAUAAGUCUAUACAAACACAACCAAUUACUCCCGGCUAUAUUACAUCAGUGAGUACUUUGGAGAAUACUCUGAAAGAAAAUAAUAGCACCCCUGAGAGCACUCCACAUAACUGUAGUGCCCCAGGCGAGAGUAUUACAUUGAACGAAGUCCCUCCGUCACGGCUCUCUACCCACGAGUAUAUGGAGUAUGUAAAAGAAGCGGGCUCUACUCCUGAUGUAGUGAGUAGCUCAGAGAAGACUAGUACUAUACGGAGUAUUUCAUUGGCACCAGAUAUAUCAAAAUGUAAUUCUUCAACGCAUAAAAGACUUCAUCAAAUCGCACGACGUCAUAAUGAGAGAGCGUCGAGAAAUCCAGUCUAUCGAUGCCCAAGAAUAUGUCCGCCGAUAUAUGAACCGGUUUGUGCUUCCAAUGGACACACCUAUAAAAAUAUUUGUUUUUUGCAAUUACGGAAUUGUAGGUCAAAUACACGCUUUACCUUAAAACACGGUGGACGUUGCCAAAGAUUUGAACAAAUAAAAUCGCGAUACAAAUCGAUUCUCAAUCGAAUUCUUAUAGAAAACAAAUCCAGAGGAGCCAAAAAAUUUUGGCAGCGAACGUCAAAAGCGAAAAUAAUGCACAAAAAUUCGAAUCAAAAACGGAAAAAUAUUCGUCAGAAAAGACCAAGAAUUGGUAACUUUGGAAUUUUGCAGAAAAACAUUCGGAAGUUUUGCAGAAUUUGUCGCAAGACUGGCAAACAUCAGCGAUUCUGCCGACGUAUUUGCCAAAGGACGCUUUGA